AUGAACCCGCAAUCUGCUAAUAUUAAUACUAUUAACAAUAACAAUAAUAACAAUAACAAUAAUAAUAAUAAUAAUAAUAACAAUAACAAUAAUAAUAAUAAUAACAAUAACAAUAACAAUAACAAUAACAAUAAAAUUAAUACAAACAAAUCGAAACCUUCUUCUUCGAUCAGACCCUCAAAGAGAAGGAAAACUGUCCCUGAUGAUAAAAGAAAAAGAGCCUUAUUCAGCUGUGAUCGUUGCAAAAAAAAGAAAACUAAAUGCAACAGAAUUAGACUAAAUCAUACCGACGGUUCAAAAGAUAUCCUAUAUGACAACAAAACUCCUUGUAUCAAUUGUCAAAACGCUGGCGAAACCUGCGUCACAACGAUCCCAAGAAAGAGAAGAGUUUAUGGUAAUAUCGAAAACUUGGGUCUACAUUACGAAAUCCUUAUCUGUCUAAUCAGUGGCUUGUUUCCAGACAUCGAUGUUAAUAACAUAAACCAACUAUUAAACUUGGGGAAAUCUUUAGACCUUGAAAUGCCCGAACCAAUUAAUAACAAUGACGAUGAUGAUGAUGACGAUGACGACAACAACAACAAUAGCAACCUCAAUUUCCCAAAUAACAAUAUUACGAAGAAAAAAAUCAAAAGAAAUAAAGACCCAACUAUAUCAAUCCUAAGUAACAAGCUUUUCGAAGUCAUAAAACACAAUGGAAUCAAAACUAAAAAGUUUGAUAAAGUCAAAAUAAUCGGUGGGGAAAUCAUCAAUAACAUCAUUCCAGAUUCAAUUACAACAAACGUCAAAGUACCGAGUAGCCUUAAUAUAGACCUCAAUUUAAAUCCAAAAUCCCUUCAAGAUGAUGAAGAAAAUGACGAUGAAGAUGAUGACGAUGAAGAAGAAGAAGAAGACGAUGAUGAUGAUGAUGAUGAUGAUGAUGAUGAUAAUGAUGAUAAUGAAAUCGAAAUUGAAAUCAAAAACCAAAACCAAAACCAAAACCUCAAUCACAAUCACAAUCACAAUGAUGAUGGUCAAGCCUAUCAAAAUCAAAAUCCACCAAAAAAUACUCGCGACAUAAAUAACAACAUAAAUAAUAUAAAUAACUUAAAUAUUGUUAAUAAAAACAACGAUAAAUCGAAAUCGAAAUCUAAAAACAAAAAAAAAACAAAGAACAUUCUCAAAAACACAAAUAACACCAACAAUAAAAGAAUUAAAAAAUCAAAAAGAAAUCGUAAAUCAAAUCUUUCCUCUGACCAUGAAUACUCAACUUCUGAAAGAUUGCUUUAUGAUAAACAAGGCAGACCUCAUUUCAUUGGUUCUACCGGUACUCCCGCUCUUUUAAAUGGUUUAUGUAACAUCAUCUUAAAAAAGUCAAUUCAACUAUCCUCAAAUGAUAACAUCACGACCACAAACAAAUCUACAAUCAAAUCAAUAAACGAUAAUAAUAACACCACCUCUUCAAACAACCUUUCAAACAACAACUCUCUAAACAACAACUCAGCUAUUCUUGAAAGAAAAAAUUCCUUCCUAUCUCAUUCAAAUAUCUCCUUAUAUUCUCUAAGUAAUGCCUCACUUACCCAUAAUCCAAUUAAUAACUCUCGAACAAAUGUGUUGGAAGAAUUUGUCACCACAAACUUCAAAUCUUAUCCUUCUGAAGCUUUGAAUUUAGUUGAACAUUCUGUUAAUCUAUCCACCCUACAGUCAAAUAAUUUGAAAAUAGAAUUGAGUAAUUUCCCUCUUAUUAAUCUACUAAAUAAACACGAAGCUGAUUUUUAUGUCAAUGUCUUCUUCACAAGAAUCCAUCCUUACUAUUUUGCCUUUGGUAGAAGUAUCUUUGACGAACGCUAUGGCCAAUUUUGGGACGAGUUAAAUCAAUUGGAUAACGAUUACUAUUAUAACAAUAACAAUAAAAAUGAAAUCAACAAAAAUCAAAAUAUUGACGUUGACGACAAUGUUGACACUGAUUAUCUCAAUCAAACCCCAAACCAUCAACUAUAUGGCAAGAAUUCUAGCCCGAUUACUACAACCACCAAUAAUAAUACUAAUCAUAAUAAUAACAGCAAUAAAAACAAUAACAACUCUAGUCCAAAUGGAAAUCAAAAUAAUAAAAAAUUAUCAAAUUCUUGGAUUUGUUGUAUUUACAUGGUUUGGUUACUAGGAAGAAGAUUCACAGAAUAUCCAAAUCCCCAACUAGAUCAAAACCUAAUUAAUAAAUACAUUGAUAUUAUUAAAUUGGCUUUACCUGAUUUUGUCUUAACUCCCACAAUUGUUGGUGUUCGAUUGCUUUAUUUAUUAUCUGUAUACCUUUAUUCCUUGAAAAAUAGAGAUGCAUCUUGGAUAUUAAUUGGAUUGGCAUCUCGUCAAGCUUUUGCUCUUGGUCUUCAUAGAAAAUCUGUUGUUAAUAGUUUAACUUUAAAGAGAUCAAUUGUAAUUAGAAAACAAUUAUGGUGGACUGUUUACAAAUUUGAAAUGAUUUUAUGCUCUGCUCUUGGACGACCUUCUUCAAUAAAUGAUUUAGAAAUCAGUAUUGAUUAUCCUUCAGACAUGGGAAUUGUUGGAACUAAUAUGGAAUUUUCAACUUGUUUUGUUGAAAGCAUUAAACUUUCAAGAAUAUUGAGCUCGAUUCUUGAUUCAAGAAGAUUGUUAUACAGUGAAGUUAAUUCAACUCCUUUAACCCUAUCAAAUGUUGAAACUGCCUUGAAAAUAAGAAGAUCACUAUUAUCUUUUAUGAGGGGUUUGAUCCCAAAAAAACUCACAAUAAAAGAUGUUUUGCAAGAAUUAUCUGAUUAUGCCAGAGAAAAUAGUCAUAGUAUUAACUUAGACAUUCAUUCAAUUAUUUUAAAUAAUAAUGACCCAAACGAUAUUAAACUGAUAAAUUUAAGAUUUAAAGUUAAACUACAUUUACAAUAUCACUGUUAUGUUAUAAAUUUAACUUUGCCUUUUAUUUUAUAUAUUAUCAAUUUGACCAUCUCAAAGUCGAUUACAAUUAAAGAAUUUAAUGAUCCAAUAAAGUUAAUUUUAAAGAUAGGUAUCAAAUCUUCAAUUAUAAUGUCUGAACUAUUGGAUAUCUUGAACAACUUGAAUUUGAUUGAUGGAACUUUAUAUUUCGAUAUAUUUUACGGUUAUGGUGCAAUCAUGGCAUUAAUUCCUUUAUUUAUUUAUUUCUCAUCUACAAAUAUAAUUAAAAAAGAUUCUAAAGAACCUAAAAAAGAAGACGAAACCCCAAAAUAUCACACAUCUCUUACCAUUGAAGGAAAUAUCAUUGAUAAAUCUUUUGUUUUGAAAUCAAUUAAUCAAAUUAGAAGAGCCAUGAGAAAUCAGUAUGCUAAGCUAGAUGGUACAAUGAAAAAAAUAUGCGAUGUCUGUGAAGGUUUAUUAAAAGAUGUUGGCUUGCUGAAUGUUUUGGACAAAUCUUUACAUAGACCCAGUCCAGAUUCAUUGGAUUUUAAGAUAACUUUUAAAGCUGAUGGGUAUGAAUAUAAAGGUACAGCUAACAUGGAGGAAGCACUAAAAAAAAUCAAAGAAAGACACAUUUUAAAAAAAUUAUUUCAAGCAGAGACCAAGGAUACAGAAGAUUCUAAACAUAAAAACGAUGCCUCUUCUGUAAAAGAAGAUAAACAAAAUUUUAAAAAGAUUAAACAAGACCAAAUUCCAUCACUGAAUGAAGUUCAAAAUCAAAAUCAAAAUCAAAACCAAAAUCUAAAACCAAAUCUAAAUUCAAAUAAAACUCAAAACUACAAUCAAAUUCAAAGUUUCAAUCACAACCAAAGUUUGAAUCAGAAUCAAAAUCAAAACUUGAAUUCAAAUGAAAAUCCAAGUCAAAAUCAUUUACUGAAAUUAAAUACACCAUCUGAUCAAAACCAAUUACAAGUUCAAGCUCAAAUUCUAAAUAAUAAUGAAGCUGGAAAUCGAAACAUUAACCCAAAUAAUUCAAACACCAGUUACCUUAAUAAUCAUAAUUUUAGUCAAGAAUUUAACUCAAGUAAUGAUUUGAACCCCAACAUAAGAUUUAAUAGAAACUAUGAUAGGAAUUCCAACAGUACUGGAUCUACCCAUCGUCAAAAUAACUAUAGCUUUCUUGACUUGCAAAAUCAACAAAAUAGACAAUCUCAAAUUUUGCAAUCAUUUUCUCAUGAAUACAAUAAGCCAAGAACUGAUGAUCCAUAUAAAGAUAUAAACCAUGAACGACAGCUUUUUUUUAAUGACUACCAGGAAAGUGCUGAACGAUUAGAUCCUUCAGAAAAUUAUAAAAACCAACAAACCUCUUACAACUCACCCAUGUUUACUAAUAUGAGUAGACAGGCCUCAUUUCAACGCAGUGGUCAACACCAACAGCAGCAGCAAAAUCAACAACAACAUCAACAUCACAAUCUUAAUAAUAUGAAAAGUGGUAUCCACAAUAUUAACAAUAACAAUAGGUUAAUAACUUCACUGUAUGAACAUCAGCGCUCUUUUAUAAACAAUGAUAGAUGUACACCAGAGGUAAAUAAUGAUAAUAAUAAGUUUGGAAAUAAGUUUGGAAAUUAUUUUGAAGGGGAUUCAUCAUCAACACCAGGCUCAUCUGUUUAUCAAUCAGUGCCUUUCCAGAGAAAUAAUGAGAAUGUUUCUUCUGAUCAUCAAAACAUGUUUUUGAGAAACAGAGUUACCAACAACUCUGACAAUUCAAGUCCUAAAUCUAAUAAUAGCAAUGAACCCGAAGUGGUGUUAAAUCAUGAAAUGAUUGAUUCAUUUUUUCAAGCUGCCAAUCACAGUCUUUACAGCUCUGCUAAUAAUGGGUUCAAAUUUUUUCAAAAUAAUGGUACAAGCAACAACGCAUCACCACAAAAUGACUUUAAUAUUCAGCCAUACCUCUCGAAUCAACUGAAUCAAAGAGAGGGUUUUCAUCAGAACAAUGAAAUGAAUAAGGACAAUGCUCUUAUGAAUCAACAUCAGCACUUAAUGCGACAGACAAACUCAUCAACUAGUAAUUAUGAAAGUGCAUCUAAUACAAGACAAAGACCAAUUAAUAGGUACAAAAGACAAUUAAAUAUAUUAAACUACAACGAGGAACUUAUGAAAUACGUUGAUAUUGAAGAUUUACAGGAUUUUUUUGAAUCUGAUAUUUUAUGA